AAUGUAAAGAACAGAAGAGGGAUAUACCGGCACAAAGAAGGAACAUUUCAUAUCCGAAGGAUACAGAGUCAGAUUGAGAGAGUGAGUCCGCCAUGGCAGCUCGAAAGAGAGCUUCAGCAGACGCUUCCACAGAAGCUAAAGUCCAAGAAAAACCUAAAUCCCAAGACUCCGUUCCAGCCGAGCCUCCAACUGCGCCCCUAAAUUUAAAGUCGGGCUUCAUUCUGAAGCUCUCGCUCUUGCUAUUGGGUCCGUACUGUUACCUCAUUUUCCACCACUAUAAUAUUGACCGGGACCUCAAGAAGUCGAUCCUCAUAAAUGCGGUGGUCAGCCUGGCGGGGUUCUUCGUCACUCUUAAGAUGAUCCCUGUGGCCUCCAAAUACGUCCUUAGGCGCAAUCUCUUUGGCUACGAUAUCAACAAAAGGGGUACCUAUGGAGGCACACUCAGAGUGCCUGAGUCAUUGGGUAUUGUUAUUGGGAUUGUUUUCUUGGUCUUGGCCAUCGUAUUCCAAUAUUUUAACUUCACGUCGGAUUCCAUUUGGCUUGUUGAGUACAAUGCAGCAUUGGCAUCCAUCUGCUUUAUGACAUUACUUGGAUUUGUUGAUGAUGUCCUUGAUGUCCCCUGGAGAGUGAAAUUACUACUACCAUCAUUUGCUGCUCUUCCUUUGUUGAUGGCUUAUGCUGGGCAUACAACUAUUAUAAUUCCAAAGCCUCUCAUUCCAUAUGUUGGCCUACAGAUUCUCGAUCUAGGAUGGAUGUAUAAACUAUAUAUGGGGCUUUUGGCGGUUUUUUGCACAAACUCUAUAAAUAUCCAUGCUGGUUUAAAUGGACUUGAAGUUGGGCAGACAGUUGUCAUUGCAUCUGCUAUUUUGAUACACAAUAUCAUGCAAAUUGGAGCAUCUAAAGACCCUGAGUAUAAGCAGGCCCAUGCAUUCUCGAUUUAUUUAGUUCAGCCCUUACUUGCAACAUCACUGGGUUUACUUUCUUACAACUGGUACCCUUCUUCAGUUUUUGUUGGAGAUACUUACACGUACUUUGCUGGGAUGACCAUGGCUGUAGUUGGGAUUUUAGGCCAUUUUAGUGAAACGCUCCUGAUUUUCUUUGCUCCUCAAGUUUUGAACUUCCUCUUAUCGCUCCCUCAGCUUUCUGGUUUGGUUCCAUGUCCACGACAUCGUCUCCCUAGGUUUGAUUCUAAGACUGGACUGCUGACCGGGACAAAUGAUGGGACGCUUGUUAAUUUUACUUUGAGACUACUUGGCAGGAUGUCGGAAAACUCACUAUGCAUUGUUCUUCUCGUUUUCCAGGCCAUUGCAUGCUUUCUCUGUUUCUUGCUGAGGCAUUUCCUUGCUGGUUGGUACAAAUGAGGUGGCUACGUCAAAGAAAUGGUCUUCUGGUUGUAAUAAUUAACCUAAGGAACUCUGCUUCCUUGGUGUUGUAUGAUAUGACCUCCUGCUUUCAAGAGUUAUUAAAAUACCAAAAUUACUGGAGUACGUCUUUCACCUGGAGCACACAAAUCCCGUACGGUUUGGACAUUUUUGAAGAUCAUGCUGAGUAAGAUUAAUUUACAGUUACUUUUUAUAUUGUAACCCAUCAGGAGGAGAGAACCGAUUGCCCCAUGUUAUCUUUCUGGAAAGCCAAGACAGAGUAAAAGACCAUGUUACUGCUGACAUGUCACCACUAUAUUUUUGUUAUAUGAUUAUUGUCGAUUAGUUAAUAUACUUUUAUGGUUUAAAACUAAGGAUUAUAGACUGAUUAGUGAUGCAACCAUUUGUUAUAAUUGAUGCAGAAAUUCUUGCCUA